AUGCGCCACGCCCAAGCUGAGAUAGAACUUUAUACAGUGGCCAUCGCAAAUGCCCGUGAAUUUGACUGCUCUGACAAUAUCUGUACAUCGUCGUCUUUCAAUGGAUUUAUUCCGCCACCUCAAGCCAACGAAUUGUGUUACUAUGGCGAGGACCAUGACACUGACAAUGAGGACAGCUUUGACUUUGAAGUUGAGUAA